AUGGCUUGGAAACUCGAUGGGAAGGUUGCCAUUGUAACGGGAUGCGCGUCUGGCAUCGGUUUAACAGCGGCAAAGCUCUACCUUGAGGCAGGUGCAACGGUUUUCGGAAUCGAUAUCUCCCCAUUUCCAGAACCAUAUCCGUUCUCGACAACACUGUCAGAGAAGUUCCACUUCCACAAGGCAGAUCUGACCGCCCCUGAAGCCUGCGAUAAGUCGGUAGCCGCGUGUUUGUCAAAGACGGGAAAGAAGGUCGAUAUCCUGGCGAAUGUGGCCGGUAUCAUGGAUUCAUUUGAAGCUGUUCACAGAACCAAAGACGCAACGUGGGACAAAUUGAUGAGUGUCAACACCGCGGUGCCAAUGAAACUCAUGCGAGCAGUUUUGAAUCAAGGUGGCAUGCUCGAGCAGAAAUCAGGGCGCAUCAUUAAUGUCGCGAGCAAGGCUGGACUGAGUGGGGCGGCAGCAGGAUUUGCUUAUACAGCUAGCAAACAUGCUCUGAUCGGAAUGACCAAACAUGCAGCAUGGCGUUACCAUCAUGAUGGGAUCCGAACAAACGCAGUCUGUCCAGGAGGGGUUCCAACCAACAUUAAGAAUUCUAUUCAGCAAGAGGACCUCGACCAAGAGUCCUUGGAAAUCAUGACGAUCGGUCUGGUGACGAUGCUAAGUAUCGAUGAAGUGCGUGAACAUGACAACCAAGAGUCCUGUUGGGUCAUUAUCCAUGGAUCCGUGUAUGAUCUUUCUGAAUUCCUAGACAUGCACCCUGGCGGUGCGGCGUCAAUUCUACGCUAUGCGGGCAAGGAUGCCACUGCGGAGUAUGAUGCAAUCCAUCCACCCAACACUAUCGAAAAGGCUCUCCCCAAAGACAGACAUCUUGGAAAGGUCAAACCAUCAAUCACAGCGGCGGAAAAGCCAAAUGUUACCGCUGAUAGUCUGGCCCGUGAAAAACAAGGCCCCAUGCCUAUUGAAAUGUGUCUCAACUUGAAUGAUCUGGAGCUUGCAGCAAAAGCAAGUCUUGCUGAACGCGCAUGGAUUUACUACUCCUCUGCCGCGCAAGACAGGCGGACUUUGACUCACAACCUGGACGACUGGAAGCGAAUCCGGUUCCGACCACGGAUCAUGAGGAACGUGAAAAAGGUCAACACUCGACAGACGAUACUGGGCUUCCAAAGUAGUCUCCCAUUCUUCAUCGCACCCUGUGCAUUGGCAAGGCUGGGCCAUCCCGAUGGAGAAAUGUGCCUUGUACGAGGCGCCGCACGAGCCAAUAUUGCAUACUGCCCUAGCAACUCGUCAUCCGUCUCCCACGACGGCCUCGCAAAUUGUCUUGCUUCGGAGACAAGAGGCGGAUGCCUCUUCUUUCAACUGUACGUGAAGAGAUCUCGGAAUGAGACCCUCGGCAGCAUCCGACGUGCCCGAGAGCUAGGAUACAAGGCGCUGGUGAUCACAGUGGACACAAACGUGGUUGGAAUCCGAGAGGAUGACGACAAGUUCAAGAUCCGGGAGGCGCUGAAGAGCGGGCAACAGCAUCUCAGUCCGUGGAGGGCGGCUUUGUCCAAUCCUGAUCCCGACGUCGUGUUACGUGCACCUCACUCGGCAACCCUGAAUUGGGAAGACCUACGUUGGAUCAAGAAGGCAUGGCAAAACGCCGGACCAAUAUGCUUGAAAGGGGUCCUGACGGCCGAGGACGCCCAGACUGCGUGUGACCACGGAGUUGAUGCAAUCUACCUGAGCAACCACGGAGGACGCCAGCUGGAUUCGGCGAAUUCUGCUCUCGGGGCAUUGAUUGAGAUACAGCAGCAAUGUCCGGACGUGUUGAGCAAAUGCCAGGUCCUCCUCGAUGGUGGCGUCCGCCGUGGAGGAGACAUUCUCAAGGCUCUGUGUCUGGGAGCUGCUGGCGUCGGGUUGGGCCGACCCUUCAUGUACGCCCUCAGUGCCUAUGGGACGGAAGGCGUGCAGAAGGCCAUCGAAAGCAAGUUUCCCCGUCUGAUGAGUUGA